AUAACGACUCGCUCCGCGCUUAAGUUGCAUAGCGGUUAGCAAAUGGACGACAACCGGAGAAAUUGUAAUUGAAAACUGGCUGAUUUUUUAAAUACCAUCUAAUCGAUUUUUGUAACGCGAUACCACGUAAAGAGUAAGUGAAGCUGAAAUAACCAGAUUAAGUAAAACGGGGCGAAAUUAAUACGUUUCCAGUUGUUUGUUUGAAGGCGGUUCAGUUAACUACGAUAUCUAGAUUAUUUGUUAAAAAAAAACUAAGAAUUUGUGUAAUCACCGCGAUAACGUUGAUUCAGUUACAGUGUAAAUUAAUUUAAUAACAGUAAUGUGUUGUGAUCAGAUUAGGAGCGUCCUGGUAUAAUGCAUUCGAAGGGUAUAGAAACGGAACCCCUAAUUUCGCCUAAUAACCACCGUUCUUAUAACGCAAACACUAAUGGCGAUGUCGAAAAUGCGCUAAAAUCACUAUCGUAUUCCGAAAAGAUUACCUUCACAUGGAGCGAGGUAAAUGUCUUCACGCUCGAAAGCACCAAGCCCAAAAGGGGAUUUUUGGGCUGCGGUUUCGGUGACGGCCAUAUCAAUGGGCAAGGGAAACAAAUACUCAAAAACGUGAACGGUAUAGCUCGGCCCGGCGAACUACUAGCAAUACUUGGUUCAAGCGGAGCCGGAAAAACGACUCUCCUGAACGUGCUCACUGCACGAUCCGCCUCGCGCAUGGUGGUUUCUGGACUGAGAUGUGCCAACGGCGUGCCGAUCAGCUCAAACGCGCUCACCAGCAAACUGGCAUACGUUCAACAAGACGAUCUCUUCAUCGGAACACUGACUGUGAAAGAGCACUUAAUCUUCCAGGCGUUAGUUCGCAUGGACAGGCACAUUCCGUACAAACAGCGAAUGGAGAGGGUGAACGAGGUAAUAAUCGAGCUGGGCUUGUCCAAGUGCGAAAACACGACGAUAGGCAUCACGGGAAGAAUUAAGGGUAUUUCUGGAGGGGAAAUGAAGAGGCUGUCCUUCGCCGCCGAGGUACUUACGAACCCGUCCCUGAUGUUCUGCGACGAGCCCACUUCCGGCUUGGACUCGUUCAUGGCAAUGAACGUCGUGCAGGUCUUGAAAAGGCUCGCUCAGUUGGGCAAGACGGUAGUUUGCACAAUUCACCAGCCUUCCUCGGAAUUAUAUGCAAUGUUCGACAAGAUUCUGUUGGUGGCCGAAGGUCGCGUUGCCUUCCUCGGCACCCCUAAGGAAGCGGAGCUGUUUUUCGCCUCAUUGGACGCGCCUUGUCCGCCGAAUUACAAUCCAGCUGAUUACUUCGUGCAGCUGCUGGCGAUAAUACCAGGUCGGGAGGAAUCCUGCAAGCAGGCCGUGAACAUGAUUUGUGAUGGAUUUGCCCGAUCUGAUUACGGUGUUAAGCUCGCCGUUGAGGCAGCUACAGUUGAAAAGGAAGAGUACAAAUUUGGCGACUAUUUUAAUGGGAGACGUAAAACGACCCCGUACAAGGCGUCGUGGUGCACUCAAUUCGGCGCGGUUCUUUGGAGGUCUUGGUUGAGCGUUAUAAAGGAACCCCUAUUGAUCAAAGUGAGACUGAUACAGACAUUUAUAAUGGCGGCCGUUGUCGCGCUUAUUUAUUUUGGACAAAUACUGACAGAAGAAGGCGUAAUGAACAUCAACGGCGUAAUUUACCUGUUCAUAACGAACAUGACCUUCCAAAACCUGUUCUCAGUAAUUCAUGUAUUUUGCGCCGAACUUCCAGUGUUUUUGCGCGAACACAGGAAUGGAAUGUACAGAACGGAUGUGUAUUUCCUAAGUAAAACCUUGGCAGACCUGCCCUUGUUUGUUGCAAUACCUGUGAUCACUAUCUGUAUUUGUUACUUCAGUAUUGGCCUGAAUCCCGACGCGUCUCACUUUUUUACAGCUGCUGGAAUUCUGGUUUUAGUGGCAAAUGCGGCAGUUAGCUUUGGUUACUUCGUAUCUUGUUUGAGCAGCUCUGUUGAUAUGGCAAUGUCACUAGCAGCCCCAAUGAUGAUACCAGUCAUGCUUUUUGGAGGGUUCUUUAUUAAUCUCGACUCCAUCCCAAAAUACUUCCAAUGGUUGUCCUACCUAUCAUGGCUGCGCUAUGGGUAUGAAGGUCUAAUGGUAAAUCAAUGGAGUGAUAUUGGUUACAUAAACUGCACUGGAAGUGAAACUUGCCCAAAGAACGGAAGCGUAAUUUUGGACAUCUACCACUUUUCAGUUGAUAACGUGACCGCAGAUUGUAUUUCGCUAUUGGGUUUGAUAUGUUUCUUUAGAAUUAUGGCAUAUCUAGCGUUAUUACUCAAAACUUAUACUAUAGAAUAGUACAUAGAUAAUUUCUUUAAACAAAUUAACCGUUUUGUUACAAUAAAUAAAUUAUACAUAGAUA